AUUUUGGCAUCUUUGUAUAGUCUCGCCCAGCACAAAGGUUUUUUUUUUUUUAAUUCUACACUUUUAACUAGUGAUAAAAUCUAAAACUUAAGAGGUUGCAUUCAUGACAACAAUGGGUUAUAGAUUCUAGCCUAUAUGCAGCCAUUGAGUACUAUAGCCAUAUAGGGGCUAUUUAUAUUCUUAUACCAUUCUUUUAGUACGGACCUUUAGUAAGUUGCAUAAAACCAAUCAAAACAUCACAGGUCCAGCAUACUGUAUACAGUUAAUUUGUAGCCAAAACUAUCAGCAAAUGGAAGUAAAUUUAAAAUUAUAAUACCAAAUUAUACAUACAUUUUUAGCAUUUGCCAUAAAUAUGCUUCCCCAGUAUGCCUAGAUACCUGCCUUGAUGUUGGCUGUGCUGAUUUUUAUGAAAUAAUGUUUUUUUUCAGACAUCGCAAAAUAGUCAUUUCUGCAAUCUAACAAAUAAAUGAGUUUUCAACCAAAAAUGUUGAAAUAUUUGUAGUUGUAAAUAUAUUGGGUUACACAUCACACUUACAUCUUUCCAAAUUAUUAUUAUUUUUAUUCUCUGAAAUGAAACUGUUAAGAUUUUACAAAGUUAACACCAAAACAACGCUGAACACUAAGCAACUGAAAUCUUUAUCCUUAUAUUUCUGACAUUUUCAAAUCUGAUAUUUUUCAACUUAUGUACGUGUACUUUAACCUUAACUGCUAAAUAAUCAACACCACCACCAUCAUUACCUGAACUUUUUAUUUUUUUAUGUUGUACCAAAAAAAAUGUGGUUGUGGAAAUGACGAGGGAAAGGCGGGUGAUGGUGAAAAUAACAUUCCGUUAUUUUCACCAUAACAUUUCAUAACGUCACAGUCAUGGACUUCUAUUCUCCUGUUUCUUUUGAGUUUUCCUUAUUUGGUCAUGUUCCUUUUCUUAUGUUUAAUAACGUUAUGUAUGUGUUUGUUCUUUGCAGUUAUUUUGAUUAAAAACCUCACUUCUUUAGGAUUCCAAUGUUGUACCCUCUCCUUAAAGACACGCACUGUUACAGUUCCAAAGAUGAAUGGAGGUCUUACAGGCUUGGGACGACAUGAGGGUCAGUUUGAGAUUGAGAAACCAGAAUGUCUCAACCUGUCAUACCCAUGAACUCUUCAACACUCAUCAUUCAGCUGCAACCAGCAACACAAACAGCACCUGGGACGACGGGAGCUUCACCUCUUCAAGGACUUCAGAAAUUUCUGAAAGGAGAACCGAAAGCCCUUGGGAUGGUCCAGAUAAUGAUCGGUGUGAUGACUUCGCUGUUUGGCAUUGUGUCUACAGUUUAUGCUGAAACCGACUUUGUCUAUAGUGGUAUUCCUUUCUGGGGAUCUCUCAUCUACAUUACCGCAGGCUCACUCUGCAUUGCUGCAGAAAACAAAAUUAAUUCUCCCUCCAGAUUUUGUUUGGUGAAUGCUUCACUGGGAAUGAACAUUUUCAGUACGAUAACCGCAGGCAUUGCCAUUAUUUUACUUUCACUAGAUUUUCUUAUAAGGCGAUACUAUUACUGCAGUGAUUCUUUCUGUCCUUCAGGGGCAAUGUAUAAGACUCUCUUCUAUGGAAUCAGAGGUGUAUUAAUAUUAUUUGCUGUGCUCGAGUUUAUCAUCUCCAUCUGUCUGUCAGCAUUUGCCUGUAAAGCCAGUGCCUACAGUUCUCCUGCUCUGGUGCAGUUUGUGCAGUCCUCUGAUUUAAUACGUUUCCAUGAUCAUAACAGCUCAGAGACACCUGUAGCCAGCAGCUCUUCCAUUCAUCACCAGUCUGCAGACACUCCUCCACAAUACAGUGAAUCCAAAUAAAUAUGAAUACAUGGGCUGUUACCUUAUGAAACAAAAUAUAUGUGGGAAUGUAUUAGAAAAAUGUAAUGCAAUAUAUUAAAUAAUAUAUAUAUUAUAUAUUAAUAUAUAUAGAUUUUUAUAUAUUGUUAUUUUCAUCUUAUGUUUUUCAACAUAUAUACUGCAUCAUAAUUGUACAUGUAAUAGCUUUAUUAAAACACUCGAUUUCAAUUUAAAAAAUUAAUGCUUAAGUUCACAUAUAGCUGAACGCAAACCUUUCUCUCACUUUAAUGUUUGGAUAGUUACACAUUCAGUAUAAGAAAAUAUCUGUGAUGUAUAAAAGAAAACUGUACUGAAAAUAUAAAUAAAAGUUUUGGACUUUAAGAUGA